GAGGAGUUGGGCGACCUUGGGACCCCGCCUCGUGCCGUGCUUCGGCCCGUCGGCCGACGCGGCCCUGGGCGCGUGCGUCCCCGCCCGCGGCGGGCGCUGGGCGUGCGCGCUGGAGCUGCUGCGGAGGAUGGAGGACUGGGCAGUGGCCCGUGACGACGUCAGCUACAUCGCCACCGUGAGCGCUUGCUCGAAGGGUCGCCAGAGGGCACGCGCCCUGGCGCUGCUGGGCUCCAUUCGGGGGCAGGCUGGACCCCGGGGCGGCGUGCCUCGGGGCCGCGGUGGCGGCGUGCGAGGGCGCGUGGCGCUGGGAGCUGGCUCUGGAGCUGGCGGCCGGGGCGCUGCGGGGCGGCGGCGCGCUGGACCUCCUGGGCCACAACGCCGCCAGAGGGGAGGCCUUCGGGGGGCCCCGCCGGUCGCCCCCAGCUUCCUGGCGC